AUGAGCUCUCAAGGAAUAACCCGCAAGAGACCUGCCCCCGGCACAUCGCCUGCCGUCCACCCUCAGCUGGGCCAACUCCCGAACUACCCCCCAACCUCCGGAUCCCCCUUGUCUAAUGACCAAUUCCUACAAUGGGGUCAGAAUCCAUCUCCGAACACCGUGGCCCCAGGAUCCUUUCCGGACGCGAACACCUACAACACCGGUGCUUUACCCGCAUCAGCCCAUGACAUCUCCGGUGUUUCUACCGCAAACAAUCAAGUCGCACGUAGAACACCUUCGACACAAAUAGUGAAUCGAAGCCGCAGUUAUGAACAGCCCCCUGCACCUCUUUCAGACCCUAGUAAUGUGCCCAGCGAGCCUGGUGGUUGGUCCGAGAGCUUGGAGGAACUCUACAAACGCGCGCUGGCUGCGAAAAGGGAGGCACAAGCCAAGAGAAAGCAGAUCCCACCAUUUGUACAGAAGCUGAGCAGUUUCCUUGAUGAGUCGAAGAACACCGACCUUAUCAGAUGGUCCGACGACGGAAAUUCAUUUAUUGUGCUAGAUGAGGACGAGUUCGCCAAGACGUUAAUCCCAGAGUUGUUCAAACACAAUAACUAUGCCUCUUUCGUUCGACAGUUGAACAUGUAUGGUUUUCACAAGAAAGUUGGUCUGUCUGAUAAUUCGAUGCGUGCCAGCGAGAGGAAAAACAAAAGCCCUAGUGAAUAUGCCAACCCUUAUUUCAAACGUGGGCACCCUGACCUGCUUUGGCUCAUCCAGAAGCCCAAGAACACAGCUGGACAAGGAACGAAGUCCGGCAAAGGUUAUGUGCGCGUGAAGACGGAGGAUGCUGAAAACGAAAAUGAAGAUUUCGGUGAUGAGAAUGCUGGGGCAUCACGCGACGAUGGUGCCCGUAACCGACAGUUAUCUUUGGUUGCACAGCAACCAUCAUUGCCAAAGGAUCAGUUCGCGACUGUCUACCGAGAACUGCAAGCAAUCCGUCAACAGCAGCAAAUUAUCUCCAGCACAAUAAACAAACUGCGCAGGGAGCAUGAACAACUCUAUGCACAGGCUGCAAAUUUCCAAGAACAACACACUCGUCACGAGAACUCGAUCAACGCCAUACUUACUUUUCUCGCCACCGUAUACAACCGUAGCCUCCAAGGCCAAGAGGGCCAGAACCUAGCGAAUUCCUUCGCCGGUGCGAUUUCACAGGAUCAGGGUAAUGUUGUCGAUAUGGGGGAUGGCUAUUCCUUCGGCCCACUAGGCGCUCCCUCGAUGAAUAGUCCUGGCGGCCCGCGUUCGAUGAAAAAGCAACCGUUGCUGCUCAAGGCUCCUCCGGGGUCAGAGCGCCAUGGCCGUGCAGCGACGCUCUCGCCUGCUGCAACUGCUUACGACCGCUCACAAUCUCGCAACAAUUCGCGGCAGACUUCCACUUCCCAGUCCGGGCAAGUUGAGGAGGUUUUCGACAACAAUAGCCCGCGAUCAAAAGAGACUUCAUCUUCCCAAGCUCAGCAAUAUCCGCAGCGCGACAUCAUGUCCGUCAUUCAGAACGCCAAUGCGCGAAAUGGGAUUCCAACCUCUUACAGUGAUUUUCCUAACGUGCUAUCGUCGCUCGAAACCUCUAAUGGUAAUGUCCCACUUACUUCCAAUCAACGUGCAGAUAUGCUUCGUCUCAUGGCCAACGAGUCCGGCACAAAUGACUCUGGCGUCACGGUGUCCCAGAACAACGCUCUGAUAAGUCCAGUACCGCCCCCAAUGCCGAACAAUUACUCAGCGCGUCUUGCCGACACUCGGUCUGAAAUUGAUAACCUGAUGAAAAUGCAAGCCGAGCAGGACCGUUCUGUUCAAAACUUGACCAACCUGCUACAGCCACUUAGUCCAAGCGGUACAAUUCCUGGUAUCGGCUCCGAUGGAACUAUCCCUCCUCCACCCCUUGAAUUAGACCAGAUCUUCAACAAUGAUUACUUUACCGACUUUGGGGACUAUGAUCAACAAAACAGGGCAAACGUAGACCUCGGCGACUCAACGGGUGCUGGCCAAGCACCCCCCUCGACCGAACCUCCUGCACCACCAGAUGACAUAGCCAUCAAACACGACGGAAACGAUUUGUUUGAUUUCGACCAUCUAGCUGGCGAGGGCGAACUCUUUGCUGGAACAAACAAUCAAUCGAGCCCCGGGUACUUCCCACAAUUCGACAGCGGCUACGGCCAUUCCGCAGCUAACACAACUGGUGCAAGUACAGGCGUUAGCGGUUCCGGAAGGGUCGUGGAAACCCUCACUGAUAGCGAAUCCACCAGCCCAAGCAAUACGGUUGAUGAUCCGACCCAUUACAGUGCGGACGUGUUUGACGCUGGGGACGGAUCUCAAGGAGGCAAGAGUAGUAGCGGUGGAGGCUCAAAGCGACGAAGGAAAGCUUGA